GGUCAAGCCCCUUCGGAAUAUCUCGAGUGGACGCACGAAGACACGCUAAAGAUGUCUUUUGCCAGUGACAAGCUGUAUAACGGCUACCUGAGGACCAACAUGCCGACCAUUGUGAGCACGGUCAAAGUGAGAGAGAUGGUGGUCCAUUUGCCGUGUCUGACCGCUCACGACAGGGAGACCAUCGAGGCCAGGAGGCAGAUGUGUAGCAAUCAUGACGCCAUGGUUCUUCUUCUGGACUGCCUGAAGAGGAGGGAGAGCUGGCCUGAGCACUUUAUCAAAGCACUGGAGAUGUGCGAGCAUACCAGCAUCGCGGCUGAGGUCCGGGCGGCAUACCACAGUCUGAGGGGCGCCCACAACUCCAACCCCAGCUCUCCUUCCAAUGUCCAUCAAGAUCCAGAUGAUCUUCACCUCCCCGUGCCCGAGACCAGUGCAGGUCACAGCCAGGACUCCGCGCCGCCAGCCCCUCCACAACCCGUCCUCAAUGCCACACCACCUCCGGUAACUGAAGCACAGCCAGAAGCUUCUACGACGGCUGCUGCGCCCGCGCCCGAGUCGGCCCCCGAGUCGGCCCCCGAGCCCGACCGAGCGUGUCUUCAAGAGAGCGCAGAGCCGGAGACGCCGGAUCCGGCUCGCCCCGGGCCGGAGGAGACCUCUACAUCCGACUUCCUGAAUGUUUUGCAAGUGCCAACUGAACAGAGCGACGUGGUCUCAGACGUGACCCCUGAGCAGAAAACAGACCCUCCGGCGGAAGAGGUCGUCACCCUGGAGCCAGAAGAACAUUCCCAGGUGUGUUCAGUACCUGAUUCCACGCCGACCGAAAGUACAUCCGAAGGCUCCGCCCUCCCCGCCGACGACAUGACCGUGGGACCGAGCCUGCCUAGCCCACUUCUCAGCGCCCAACCGCCGACCACCUACUCGGUCAACACGGACCGUCUGGAAAUCAGCGACUUUGCACAAGGAGAGACGAGCGCCGUACCCGAGGAAAACUCCCCGGAGGAAGAGGAUGUGCGGGUGCACGUGAUGCACGUCACCCAGCAGCCGUCGCUCCUCGACCUCGACGGCCAGAGCGUCGGCAACGGCGAAGCCUCCAAGGAUGGCGCCCAGCCGCCGACCACCUACUCGGGCAACACGGACCGUCUGGAAAUCAGCGACUUUGCACAAGGAGAGACGAGCGCCGAACCUGAGGAAAACCCCCCAGAGGAAGAGGAGGUGCGGGUGCACGUGACCCAGCAGCCGUCGCUCCUCGACCUCGGCGGCCAGAGCGUCGGCAACGGCGAAGCCUCCAAGGAUGGCGCCCAGCCGGCGACCAACUACUCGGGCAACACGGACCGUCUGGAAAUCAGCGACUUUGCACAAGGAGAGACGAGCGCCGUACCCGAGGAAAACCCCCCGGAGGAAGAGGAGGCGCGGGUGCACGUGACCCAACAGCCGUCGCUCCUCGACCUCGGCGGCCAGAGCGUUGGCAACGGCGAAGCCUCCAAGGAUGGCGCCCAGCCGCCGACCACCUACUCGGGCAACACGGACCGUCUGGAAAUCAGCGACUUUGCACAAGGAGAGACGAGCGCCGUACCCGAGGAAAACCCCCCGGAGGUAGAGGAGGUGUGGGUGCACGUGACCCAGCAGCCGUUGCUCCUCGACCUCGGCGGCCAGAGCGUCGGCAACGGCAAAGCCUCCAAGGAUGGCGCCCAGCCGCCGACCACCUACUCGGGCAACACGGACCGUCUGGAAAUCAGCGACUUUGCACAAGGAGAGACGGGCGCCGUACCCGAGGAAAACCCCCCGGAGGAAGUGGAGGUGCGGGUGCACGUGACCCAGCAGCCGUCACUCCUCGACCUCGGCGGCCAGAGCGUCGGCAAUGGCGACACCUCCAAGGAUGGCGCCCAGCCGCCGACCACCUACUCGGGCAACACAGACCAUCUGGAAAUCAGCGACUUUGCGCAAGGAGAGACGAGCGCCGAACACGAGGAAAACCCCCCGGAGGAAGAGGAGGCGCGGGUGCAUGUGACCCAGCAGCCGUCGCUCCUCGACCUCGACGGCCAGAGCGUCUGCAACGGCGAAGCCUCCAAGGAUGGCGCCCAGCCGCCGACCACCUACUCGGGCAACACAGACCGUCUGGAAAUCAGCAACUUUGCACAAGGACAGACGAGCGCCGAACCCGAGGAAAAACCCCCGGAGGAAGAGGAGGCGCGGGUGCACGUGAUGCAUGUGACCCAGCAGCCGUUGGUCCUCGACCUCGGCGGCCAGAGCGUCGGCAACGGCGAAGCCUCCAAAGAUGGCGCCCAGCCGCCCACCACCUACUCGGGCAACACAGACCGAAGAGGAGGCGCAGCCUUUGCUCCUUGA